AUGACUCCUCCGAAUAUCAAGCGGUUGAUUUUAACUACUGCGGUCGUUUCUAUCACUAUCACCGGCACUCUUUAUGGAGCUGGUCUUAAAACAAAUCAAGAAAUUGCCGAGACAGCAAAGCAACGGCAAGAAUCGACGUUCGAUGAGCAAACCAAAGCCCUCCAGGGUAUGCGCUCCAACUUGGUCGCUCGGAGAGGCAUAAUUGAAAACCAGAUACGAGACUUGGAUGCAAGGAUGCUCGAGAAGCAGCAGAAAGGCAUCGGUGGUGAUGAUCAAGAUCAACCGAGUGGAGGUCGAUGA